UCAAGCCUUGUCCGUGACGCUUCCGUUGCUGCGCGUUUGGCGAGUCGUGCGAGUCGCUCGCGUCGGGGCGUUUUCGUUGUCGUGGCCAUUGUGUCGCCCGCUCGGCCGUACAUCUCGAUCGCGCCUCCGCGUCGAGGUUUCCCGGACGGUGCGUGACCGACAUCUCAACUCUUCAACGGUGGCUCGUCCUCGCCGAAGUCGAGUCCGCUUCCUCGUAAAGAUGACGUCGCGCCACGAGAAGGAACGUGCCAAGCAGAUCCAGGACAAGUGCCAGACACUCCUGACUCAAAUGCUUCGCGACGAGGACAAUAAGUACUGCGUUGAUUGCGAUGCAAAAGGGCCGAGAUGGGCAAGUUGGAAUUUGGGCAUAUUUCUGUGCAUUCGUUGCGCGGGUAUACACAGAAAUCUUGGAGUUCACAUAAGCAAGGUCAAGUCAGUCAAUUUAGAUGCAUGGACACCUGAACAAGUGGUGAGUCUUCAACAGAUGGGUAAUUCAAGGGCUAGGGCAGUUUACGAGGCUAACCUGCCUGACAGUUUUCGGAGACCUCAAACCGAUUGUAGUCUUGAAAGUUUCAUUCGAGCAAAAUACGAGCACAAAAAGUAUAUUGCGAGAGAAUGGGUUCCGCCGCCACUGCCAAAGGUGAAUUGGGAUAAAGAACUAGAUGAGGAAGCAGAAAGACAGCGCAAGCGAAAGAAGGAAGGUACUAAGUCAAACACUGGUCAGAAUGCUCUACCUCCUGUGAAGAAACCAGAAGUCGUUCCACAGCUGCCAAAACCACGAAGUUCUGUCAGUCCUAAGCCCAAUAGGGCCAACAACUCUGCCACCCUGGAUCUCUUAGGUUUAGAUGCACCGGUGAAUCAGACGACUGCGAAUGGUUCUGGUUCCGGUGACGAUAUUUUCUCUUCGUUUCUUUCGGCGCCUCCUGCAUCUACGGCACUAGCGGGUAGCUCUACAAAUGGGACAAGUUCCAGCAACAUUGCCACGAAGACGGAAGAGGAGAAUUUCUUCAAUCAGCCCGCCCCAACGCCUCAAGAGAAAAGUAAAAUGACAAAAGACAGUAUUUUGGCCCUGUAUGGUUCAUCGAGUCAACAGGCCAUGUUCGGAGUUCCUGGCGGUAUGUACACCCAACAACCUGCAGCGCAAUCAUACGUGCAGCAACCUGCGCAACAACAAUACGCUCAACAAAUGUCAAGUAUGAUGGCGUUUAAUCAGCCAAAUAGCUUUCCAAACCAACCAAAUUCCAUGGUGCAGUUGAACCACCCUAUUCCAGCUCCGAUGGGCAUGUCCGUAACGAAUCAAAUGGCUGUGAAUCCAAAUCAGAUUAGCUUAAAUCCUGGUCCCGUGGGCACGGUGCACGCUGCACAAAUAGGUACUAAUUUGCACAUGGGUCAAUUAAACCAAAUCAACGGACUACCCAAUGCAACAACUGGACUUCCUCCACAAUUGAUGAUUCAGUUAGGGCAAAAUAACAUCGGUAGCAACAAUGGUUGGAGCGGAAUGCUAGCGACACAAAAUCUUCAACCAGCACCCGGUAGCAAUCCUUUCUUUAAUUUGGCUCAACAACAACAGGGUACUGCCAUCCUUAGUCAGCUACCACAACAGAUGUCUCAAAUGUCUUUAGGAGGAACGGGUUUCUCGGGUGCAGCAGGCAAGCCAACACCUGCCGUGUUGCCUGGGCAAACGUUGUCGAUUAAUUUAUGGCAGUAACGAUUACCCCGAAAAUUAUUUAGCCAACUGGUUUCGCAAAACAUUGCACGUCGGCAAACAGCCAGGCCAUAACCUUCCUUUAUCUGAGCGAUUACGCGUUCGCGCCUCGUUGUCCGCCGAAGUCGACGAGUGAAAUGCGGUAUACGGAGACAUGUGCCAGUGCUGAAGCUGUCCUACCCGACACUUAAUGGCUGACAGAAGAUGUCAACUUACCGGAAUGUCCACGGAAGAGGUUGCAAAAGGAGUGUGAGGAAAGGGGGAAGAGAGAGAGACAGGGAAAACCUGAGGCAAUAAAUUUCGUCUGAUCUGUAAAUGCGACAAUUGUCUCGGAUACUCGUCGCAUGCCUUGUUUCAAUAGUUUCAUUAUUAUUUUGUUACGCAAUCGUCGAGUCAAAAUGACUCGAGAUUGGUCGACGCCGUUUGUACGAUAAUAAUCGAUAGAGCGACACUUAAAAUGUACGGGGUAUGAAUUUAGGCUGUCACGCAACCAUUCCAAUUAUUUGCGACAUCACUCUUAAUGAACGAUUUGUAUAUGACGCGAAUCCAUGGUACUUGAAACAUCGAACUUCCGUUAGAAAUGAUUAUCGUUGAUGAUAUCCGAGAGGCUCGAUUUUCUUAUGGUUAAUGUAAAUAUUGCAUGAACCUGUAUCUUUUCUAAGAGCAAUGGUAAUUUUUCAGUAUUGCGUUAUGAACAGACUGUUAGAAGACAAGACUUAGACGAUUAAAUGAAUUUUCUCUUACUUAAAGUGCAUUUCUAAAUAAUUAAUUAAAUUAAAUUACUUUCGGAGGGCUUGAAAUUGUGGGACUGAAAUUACAAAUGUCACAAAUGCGUGUGUACGCGUUCAACCCGUCCCACUUUAGGUGUACGUAGAAGCUAGAGAAUUCUCAAUUAUGUACUUCUUGAUCCUACAACAAGGAUGUCAAAUGUGUCGAUUCUAAAUAAACCGGACUACUUUAAUUUUUAUUUAAUUAUGCGAAACGUAUAUUUCACUGAAUGCGCCGGCUCUUACCGCUCGUUUUUUAAUUAUUCGACCGAAGACGUUCGUUUUCGAGUAAUCUCUUGGAAUGGAUUCUGUGACUUAAAAUUAAACUUAGAUGUUUAUUAACGUAGUAUUAUCUCCUGGAUCAUUUUCCACUCAUUUUAAUACGUGAAAAUCCUAAUUUGCAGGUUAAUACAUUUUGUAUUUAAUUUUAAUAUCUGGUUCGGUUUCCCAUGUGAAAGUUGUUCAAAAUUUUGUCAAAAUUGAUGUAUGACGAAUAAUGAUUAUCGUACGCAUUGUUAGAUUAAUUAAAAAAUGUCAGUAUGGUGAAAGUCAAAAAUCUGUCAAAAGAACACCAUGUCUUUUAAAAAUAAGGACUGUACGGUUAGCAUACAUAAGGAAUGUUUUAUUGUUAAGUGUAUGUGAUUAAAAUAUCGUGUAGAUCUUGACACUUCACUUUGUUAUCAAAAAGAAGGAUGACUAUUACGUUCAAGGAAAUAUAACCGCUUUUAAAUUAA